CUCAACUACCUUCUGUGGCAGAGAAUUCCACAGAUUCACCACACUCUGAUUUUCUCAUCUCGGUCCUAAAAGACUUCCCCCUUAUCCUUAAACUGUGACCCCUUGUUCUGGACUUCCCCAACAUCGGGAAUAAUUUCCCUGCAUCUAGCCUGUCCAACCCCUUAAGAAUUUUUAAAGUUUCUAUAAGAUCCCCCCUCAAUCUUCUAAAUUCUAGCGAUUAGAAGCUGAGUCUAUCCAGUCUUUCUUCAUAUGAAAGUCCUGCCAUCCCAGGAAUCAGUCUGGUGAACUUUCUCUGUACUCCCUCUAUGGCAAGAAUGUCUUUCCACAAAUUAGGUGACCAAAACUGUACGCAAUUCUCCAGGUGUGGUCUCACCAAGACCCUGUACAACUACACUAGAAUCUCCCUGCUCUUAUACUCAAAUCCUUUUGCUAUGAAUGCCAACAUACCAUUCGCUUUCUUCACUGCCUGCUGCACCUGCAUCCCUAAUUUCAAUGACUAGUGUACAAUGACUCCCAGGUAUCGUUGCUGAAGGGUCGCGACUUGAAACGUCACCUAUCCCUUUUUCUGCAGAGAUGCUGCCUGAGCUGCUGAGUUAAUCCAGCGCUGUGUCUAUCGUGGGUAACCGUAGUAGGUAUCAAAGUACAACUUGUUCAACAGGCAGAUAUUAUAGAUUUUAUGGGAGAAAUUUAAGAGAGCAAUCUUGUUUCAGAGAUAAAUGAUUAUCAAAGAUGUCACAUGGUUAACCUCAAACCUUGACCCAACGCACACAUCUUAAUUCUUUCUUCAUUUAAUUUAGACUUUAGACGUUAGAGAUAUAGCACGAAAACAGGUCUGCUGUCGGCAAUAUUUAAAUGGACUUUGGCCCUAAGGCAUUUAAUCCACCCUAUUUCUACUAGUCUGAAGAACUAAUCUACUCAGUCUGAAGAAGGAUCUCGACCUGAAACGUCACCCCUUCCCACUCUCCGGAGAUGCUGCCCGUCCCGCUGAGUUACUCCAGCGUUUUGUGUCUAUCUUCGGUGUAAACCGGCAUCUGGAGUUCCUUCCCAGUUACUUCCACCAGAAAGUGUUGCUGUUUAAUACGGACGGUGUUUCCAGAACCUGUUGCAUUAUUAGUGCAAUGGGAUAAAUGAUCAGUAUUUUGGAACAAUCCUGCUCUACAACUUCAGGUUCACCCACAAGGUUGAAGCGCUCCAGGCUUUCGGAACCAAGGCGCAGUCAGCGCCACGUCUGCAACUAACAUGCGGGAUUAUGAUGAAAUUACUGCCUUCCUGGGAGAAUGGGGACCGGCUCAGAAACUCAUCUUCCUGCUCUUGACUGUCAGCUUUAUUCCCAACGGUUUCGCCCCGUUCACUAUCAUCUUCGUCGGGGAUACCCCAAAGCAUCGCUGCUCGAUUCCCGGGAAUCUCAACCUCAGCCAAGCCUGGAUGAACAGAACCAUUCCACAGGUGCCAGGAACCCAAGUCCAGUACAGCCAAUGCAGUCGCUACCGCUUGGAUGUGAUCAGGAACCUCUCGGAGGUGUUUCCAGACCCAGAUCUCCUCAACGUGUCCGGGAUCGAAGAGGAGCCGUGUUUGGAUGGAUGGGAUUACAGUCAGGACCAGUACACCUCCACCAUCGUCUCCGAGUGGGACUUAGUGUGUGAUGAUACAUGGAAAGAGCCAUUUACGACAUCACUUUACUUCUUCGGAGUAUUGAUAGGUUCUGCAAGUUCUGGGGUAAUAUCAGACAGGUUUGGGAGGAAGGUUGUUUUGUUUGUGACGAUGGCACUAGAGGUUUUAUUCAGUUUUAUUAUCACAUUGUCACCAAGCUGGGAAAUCUUCUGCCUAAUUUAUUUCUUCAGUGGCAUCGGUCAGGAUUCAAACUUCUUGACUGCCUUUGUGCUUGGAUCUGAACUUCUACAGAAAUCCAUUCGUGUUGCAUACUCUACACUUGGAAUUGGCUGUUUUUAUGCCAUGGGUUACAUGUUGCUGCCUUUUGUUGCCUAUUUCGUGAGAGGAUGGAGAAUGUUGAAAUUAACUCUGAGCCUGAUCAGUUUGCUGUACAUUCCUUUGUGGUGGUUUAUUCCUGAAUCUCCACGCUGGCUACUGUCCAAGGGAAGGGUAAAGGAAGCUGAAUCAAUAAUUCGAUUCAUGGCAAAGAAAAAUGGCAUUACUCCACCAGCAGUACUUUUCACUGACGAUGAGCUUGAACAUAUACAGAAUAAACAAGUAAAAUCUGUUCCAGUUACUCAAUUGAUAAAAUCUUGCAAUAUCCUAGUCAUCACAGUCAUUAGCGCACUCGUGUGGAUGAUUAUAGUAAUUGGAUACUAUGGUCUGUCUCUGAAUGUACCCAAUCUCCAUGGCAACGACUAUCUGAAUUGUUUCCUAUUUGGUGCCAUUGAGAUUCCGGCCAAUUUCGCAUCCUGGUUUCUCCUCUGGAAAUUUCCACGCAGGCUCAGCCAUUCGGGCAUUCUUAUUCUAAGUGGAGGUGUUCUGCUCUUCAUGAACCUCAUACCAUCUAAUCAUUCAACACUUUCUACAGUGCUGGUGUUAAUUGGAAAACUGGGAAGCACAUGUGCUGCAAUCAUGCUUUAUGUCUACACCUCCGAACUAUAUCCAACCCCCAUUAGAAACACAGGUUUUGGAGUGAGUUCAAUGACUUCCGGAAUUGGCAGUAUUAUUUCUCCUUACAUUGUUUUACUUGGUAGUUAUCAAGAGAUCCUGCCGUUUAUUGUGAUGGGGGUGUUGAUGGUGUUCUCAGGAAUUGUGGUCUUGUUUCUGCCAGAAACGUUCAAUAUUCCUCUUCCAGAUACAAUUGACCAAAUGCAAAAAAUUAAAUGGUGCAAAUGUUCUCACUCUGAUUCAACUCAAACCAGAGAAAACAAUGUGGUGAUUUUAAAAGAGGAAAUGCUUUGAGCACAGAUCUUCACCAGCAGCCAAGCGACUGAGGAAUUCAUUGCCGUUUGGGUCAGGCUCCAACUCUUCAGGAGUGGCAACUUCUUCUGUUGAUACAGAAUGAAACUGAGACAGAUUUGAUGUACUAAUAGCUGCUGGUGUACAUAUAGCUGCUAUAUUUGUCUAGGAUAAUUAUAAGCAGUUGAAUAAGGAGUGUAAAUUAAUAAGCUUUGGCUUCUUCCUGCACCUUUUCGGACACAUACAAUUUCAUUUAUUUAUAGAUAUUGUUUAUGACACUUUAUAAAUAUUCUUGUUUUGUUUUUGUAUGCUGUU